AAAUUGUAAAUUAGGAAAAUUCACAUAAAAUUCGUACAUUUCUGAAAAAUACAUCAUUCAAUGAUAUAAAAAUAAAAGAAAAAGGGAAAAUCUGCUCCGAAAAAAUACCAUGGUUACAUUAUAGUGACCAUUGAAUAAUCGCGCGUCUUCCAGCUGCUGUUUCGUGGCUUAUUCUGAUUCGACGCAGCAGCUGGAAGUUGACUGAGCAUUCGCCAGAAAAUAUAUAAUCAUAAUAAUAAAAAAAAAUUGAGUAUACUAGAUACUCUCGCUAAACCGGGUUCCGAAGGUUAUAAAAAAAUAAACAUUUCCAAAUAUAAUAAAUAAUAAACAAAUAAAAAAAAAGAAUUACAAAAGAAGACGAUUUUGGAAAAAUUAAACAAAUCCAACAAAAAUAGAUUCUAUUAUCAAAAAAAAAUUACUGUAGUUUAAAAAUUACAAAAACUGGUUUUUUGGAAGGACAUUUAUGUACACAGAGAUAAAAAAAAAGAAGAUUUCUUAUCAUAAAAGUGUGAAGGUUGACCAGUAAAAAAACGUGCUAAGUGAACAUUCCACAUUGCGAAAAAAAGAAUUCAGUAUUAAAUUUUGCAGUUUUCAUAUUUUCAAAUUUCUAUUUUCACUCCACAAAAUGCAAAAUGUAUUACAUUCCAUUUUUACAAUAUUAAUUGUUGUUGGUUUACAAUUUACGACCGCUGAAGACUGUAAAGGAUGUGUUCCAUUAGAUUCAAGUUCAUUCGAUAAGAUAAUUGGAAAAUUUAAAGUUGCUGCUGUUAAAUUCGAUGUCGCCUUUCCCUACGGAGAGAAACACGAGGAAUAUGGAAAAGUUGCCGAAGCAACGAGAAAUUCGCCCGAUAUUUUAAUAGCCGAGGUAGGAAUAAAAGAUUUUGGCAAUAAGGACAAUACGGAUCUUGCCGAUCGUUUUAAUGUAAAAAAAGACGAAUAUCCAGCAAUAUUACUAUUCGUAAAUGGAAGAAAGGAACCAUUUAAAUUCGUCACCGAAACUGACGAUCAAUUUACAUCGGAAAAUAUCAAACGAUUCAUUAAAGCAAAAUCCGGCGUUUAUAUCGGCCUACCAGGUUGUAUAGAAAAAUUGGACAAACUUGCAGAGGAGUUCAAGUCAUCAAAUGAGAAAAAUAGACAGGAAAUUUUGAGUAAGGCGAAAAUCUACGAGGAGACAUUGUCAGAGGCACAAAGAACGGCAGCAAAAGUUUAUAUAAAAACAAUGGAAAGAAUAAUGGAUCGCGGUAAUGUAUUUGUACAAACUGAACAAACAAGAAUUGACGGACUUUUAAAAGGAAAACUAUCCAAGGAAAAGAAACGUUCAAUGGAGGAGAGAAAGAAUAUAUUACAAUCAUUUUCCCAUAAAGACGAAUUAUAAGCAACUUUAUAUUAAGAGAAAAAAAAUGCAACUAUUGCGACAUAUAGAACAUUCACAUUUUUUUCUAAGUGUACGAAAAUUAAAAAAAUCCAUUCAAAAGUAAAAAGUACUUUUGCACAAAAAAAAAAAAAAUUAUAUUUAUCCUAAUAUAGUAUAAAACUUAAUAUAGUGAUAUGAUUUUUUAGUCUUGGAAAAAAGGCUGAAGCAUUUGUGAUAUCAAUUUUUAUAAAAAGGAUUCUCAAGUUUUUUGAAAAUACUAAAAAUACUAAAAAUAUUAAAAAUAUUGAAAAUAUUAAAAAUAUUGAAGAUAUUGGAAAUUUUGUACAGCUGAGAAAAUUUUUACUUAAGAACCUAUUUAUUACUUUUCUUUAAUGACAGAUCUCACUAGUAAUAUAUUCACUUGUUCUAAUAUACUUUGUCGCUUCUUGUUCGUAAAAAAAAUCACAGAUUCCAUGUAUAAUAUCAGUAUAUAAGUAUCAUCUUAUUAAUAAAAAAAUUGAAGAUUUAUUAAAAA